AUGUUACUCAAAUGUAUACGACCCGCAAGAGUACGAGGCCGGCUAGCUGUUUCCGGUGACAUGUCCGAUGUCGCGGGACAGCAUCAAUGCGAAGAAAGUCGGCUACCGUACACGGAAGCAGAUGCGUUAUCAUCGUUUUCGUGUACAUUGUUGGAGUUGGACGAGAAUAAGGGAUUAUCGCUGAGGUUACGUCCAAAUGGUGUAAAACUUCCACGAUUGCGGAAGAAAGCGUCCGAUUUUGUGUUCUUACGAAUUCUCGGUGAAGGAGCGUACAGUACGGUCUAUCUUGCACGUGAACUUCGUGGUGGACAAACACAAGCGAUAAAAGUAGUACAAAAGGAUUUCUUGAUCCGGCAUCAAAAAUUAGCCGCUAUAAUUCGGGAGAAACAUGUUCUAGCUUCGUUAAACUACGAACGUGGUGGUCAUCCGUUCGUAACACGACUUUACUGCACGUUUCGCGAUCCAGAACGAUUAUAUUUCGUCACCGACGUAGCUCAUUACGGUGAACUUCUGGUCACACUUAAUCGGUUAGGAUCAUUUGAUAUCCCAACCACACGUUUCUACGCAGCAGAAAUUGUCGUCGCACUUGAAUUCAUUCACAAAUAUGGUGUCGUUCAUCGCGAUCUCAAACCUGAAAAUGUGCUCAUCCGAAAAAAUGGCCAUAUCAUGCUCACCGAUUUUGGCAGUGCACAAAUUUAUGAUGAGAAUUUAUUUAUUGACUACGAGGAAGAAAACGACUCUCCAGCUCAACUUAAAAAAGUGCGACAAAUUAGGAGAUUCGCAGAAGCAGUUGCAUCCAGUAGUGCUAGCUCGUCAAUUGAGUCAGACGAACACCUGGGAGUUUCUGAACAUGCACGUCGCGCUACUUUUGUCGGCACAGCUCAAUACGUUAGUCCAGAGAUGUUGAGAGGUGACGAUGUCGGACCACCGUGUGACUACUGGGCUCUAGGCGCAAUGAUAUUUCAAAUGAUCUCCGGCCAGGCUCCUUUCCGUGCUAUUAACGACUUUCAUCUGAUGAAUAAGAUACAAAAACUUGAUUUUUCAUUUCCACCUGGUUUUCCCGAAGUUGCCAACGAUUUGGUUUCGAAGCUGCUUGUGCUGGAUCCUUCCAUUCGUUUGGGAUUUAACAAUGUGGAUUGUUUGAAGACGCACGAUUUCUUCAACGGUGUAGACUGGAAGAACAUUGUUGAAAUGAAACCUCCAGAUAUUCUUGCUCCUCUUCCUGCUGGUCUGGAAGAGGCCGAAAUGAAUCCGGAGAGUAUGCCUGAACCAGGCCUGGACGAGAAGGCUCUUAAUCGUUUGAUGAACUUGUCGUUGAUGGAAAUGGAGCCUUCGAAGCAACUCUCUUUGGGCAGUGAAAUUCUAAACAAUGCCGUAGAUAUCCCAAGUGACAUGAUCGAACUUCCUAAAGUUGACAAAAAAGCCCUGGCUGCAAGGCAGCGUAAACUGGAAAAGCAAAGAAAGGAAAAUCCUUAUCAUUUGUUUGUACAAGACAAUCUGAUCAUCCGUUCCGGUUUCAUAGACAAAAAGAAAGGAUUAUUCUCUAGGCGAAGAAUGUUUUUACUUACCGAGGGACCUCAUCUAUUUUAUGUGGAUCCGAAUACGAUGGAAUUGAAAGGUGAAGUACCAUGGUCUCCUUGUAUGCGAACUGAAGUGAAAAAUUUCCGGACUUUUUUUGUGCAUACGCCAAAACGAAUUUACUAUCUUUUCGAUCCAGAAUCAAGAGCACUUGAAUGGUGCAAGGCAAUCGAUCAGCUCAAAGCAAGAUAUGCGGAUAAAAUUGCCGAAUCCUACGAGAAGGCAGUAAAAGAUGGUACAUUUGGUGUAAAUAAGUUCAAAAAAUCCAGUAACUACUUCGGAGAUAAGCGAAAGAAGGAUGAAACCUUAUCCAAGACAGAGGGCGGAGGUUCACAUCGAUAG